AUGGCUUUCGCGAAGCUGGCUCUCGGCCUAGCAUUUGCCAUCAUAGGGCAAGCCAGCGAGGAGGGCGCCUUGCAGAAGGAUGAUGAGUGCAACAGCGAAGAGUGUGCAAUCUCUGAGCUGCAGCGCCAUGCCAAGAGCCUGAGUGCUGCGAAAGAGAGUCUCAACUCUUCGCAGUGGAGCAUGGGCCCUCCCGCCACACCCUUCUCCUACAACGGCAUCGAAUGGCCGACCAUCAGAGUGGGCAAGUCAGGGGUGGCUCACUUCUUCGCCAUCGGUGAUUGGGGCGGCAUGGAUGGAGCUCUUCACCCUGUCAAUGAAUGCAUCCCUCAACAUCCUACGCCAGGCUGUCGGCCCCGAAUCAUCGCCUACAGUGGUGGGCAAACGCCUGGGCCACAUGUCUUCCCGCGUACCCGGUGGAACAAGCCCCACACGGAGCUUAUAUGCUCUCACGACCAGCUCGUGGCAUGCUUCGAGGGUGGCUAUCAUAAGGGCGAACACUGCGUGCCAGGCUGCGGUUUCGUGCCCGGAGUCGACACCCAGCCACAAAUCCUGGUGGCCAAUGCCUUCAGGGCUCGCGCGUCGCUGAAGAAUCCGGACUUCAUUUUGAACGUGGGAGACAACUUCUACUGGGGUGGAAUCGAGGAGAAUUGCGGUUCUUCCAUGAACGGCAUCACCGCGACCGCCAGGCAUCAGUUCAAUUCCAUCUUUGAAGGUAUCUACCAAGGCGCCGGUCUCAGCAACAAGCCUUGGAUCAGUGUGCUCGGGAAUCACGAUUGGGGAGGUCGCCAGUUCAACAAUGGCUGGGACCAGCAGAUUGCAUACACUUGGGCUAGCAACCGAUGGAUCAUGCCGGCGCCCUACUACAGUGUGCGGGUUCAAUAUUCCGGCUUCUCCAUUGAUGUGUUUGCAAUUGACAGCAACGUCAUGGACGCCAGGACACCAGACGAAGAUCCGGAGCACAACCUCUGCGGUGCAAAGCACAACCCGCCCGGGGCCACUUGCGCUUCCGUCGGAGGCCCGGCAAGCGUACAGGACUGCCACGGCUGGUUCCAAUCGUUCUGGGCCCAGAAUAAGGAAUGGGCGUUGAGAAAGGUCCCCCAGUCCAACGCGGAUUGGCAGAUCGGCCUGACCCACUUCCCCUGCGGCCAUGAGAGCGGCUUUUAUGCGCAACUGCAUGGCAUGGGCAUGGAUCUGCUGGUGACCGGCCAUCGUCACGACCAGGAACUUCAUGAUCACUCCGGGCCAGGUGGUAUGACCUGCAUCGUGACAGGAGGUGGCGGCGGCAUCACAUCGGAGGCCACUCCCAACCCAGAUGACAGAGAGCAUUGGUAUGGAGAGGGCCAGUAUGGCUUCUACGAUUUCCAGGUCUCCAAGCAGAAGAUCUACAUUGAGUCCAUCAAUUAUGAUGGAAAGGUCCUGAAGACGGCGACUGUCUAUCCACGCCGUUGA